AUGGGGUACAUUUUAGUGCAGUGAAAAGCACUCGACGACUCACUGUCAUCUACCUUUGUUUUACUGAAAUAUGUUGGGUUUAAUUAGCUUUUUAAGAACUUGCCAAUUUUUUUCUUAUUAUCACCUAUGGACAAAACUUUGAUUGAAAUUCCAUUCCGUGUACAGUAUUAGUACACCACUGACUAUAACAUAACUUUAAGGAUGCGUUCCAUUGGGAAAUCUGGAUUUAGAUUUCGAAAUCCUGAUUUUCGAUUAGGAAUAAAACACAUGAAAUCCAAUAACGGAUAUCAAGACCGAGAUAUCUGUCCUUGAAUUUCCCUUCCUUCCUUCGUUCCUUUCUUUCUUUUUUUUUUUUUUUUUUUGUGAGUGUGAGGCUGUUGGGGAUGUAGGCGAGGGGAAAAUCCGAGUGUUGUUGUGAACAGCGGUCCUCCACGCGCAGGCUUAAUUAACAGAAAGAAAACAGAUAAGGGGUAUGCAAAUCCUUUUUUUCUAGUUUCCUAAUAAAACAAAGAAGAAGGAAAUCCAAAAAAAUAGAGGGUUGUAAUUCUUAAUUGAAAUCCACCUUCUUAAUUUAAGAACGGAUUUCGGUUUUUUUAUUUGUGAAGAGGACUGGGUAAGAAUGCCUAAAAUCGAUAGGAAUCGAAAAAGUAGACCGUUUCCCUGACAAUGGUAGUCUCCUUUGCAGUCCUUCCUUGGGUCGUCACGUACCCAACGCUCUUCCCACAGGAGCGUUGUGUGACGACACUUAAAACGGCUGCGCAGGAGAUAUCACACCAGUUCACUUAUCACGUGAUAGAGAUCUUUAGAUUUGAGGACGAGGAGGAAUACAAGUUAAGGACGAGAUUCAACUUAAAGUUUUGCCGUAUAAUCUCAAAAAAUAUACACCCCAGACAAUACAGACGCUGCAAGUCAGCACUGUUAUUCAGUUUAUCAAAGGAGGCUAAACCUUUUCCCGAUCCCAAAAUAAUGAAUGAGCUUCAAACUGUUGAAAACUUCUAGCUUUUCCUCACUGCGACUGUUUUUGAUUAAACUCAAAGUAGAUGGGUACUCUCUCUCUCUCUCUCUCUCCCUCUCUCUCUCUCCCUCUCCCCCCCUUCCUCUCCCUCCCCCUCUCUCUCCCCCUCUCCCUCCCUCUCUCUUGCCUCGAAGUUGAGUUAGAAUGACGACGGCUAGCGAUCACGUUUUCCAACCAAAUUUCGUGCAAAUCACUUAAGAUUGUACCUGUGGAUUGAUGAUGCCUUAAGUACUGGGGGAUGGAGGCGGUUAGUCAUAAAUCGGGAUAGGGUACCCAAAAAUAAAUAUUCAACUAUCACAGUCCAUGGCUGCCACUGUCCUUCCACUGUCCGAGUGAUAUGGCUGUACGCAUGCAUAAGGUACCGGCUAUACGGCGGACUUGGUAGUGUGCUUUAGUGCUGAAAUUGGUAUAUCUAUAUAUGUACUUGGUGUAAAAGAAACAUGUAUUAAGAAGACCCGUUGAAACCAUUUUCAAUAAUUGUUAUCAGGUGUCAGUUUCAUUUCUGGGCCUUAAAAAGAGUUUUAAUUUGAAUUAGUUCCUCUACACGAUGGUCAGGUCAGUGAGGAACCUUUUCGACAAACAAUUAUCCAAACCCUUCACCAUCCCCACGGUCCCCACGCUCGCGUAGACGAUUUUAUUUAGACAAACGGGUGUUUCAAAUUAAGUUCCCUGCUUCGUUGUCUUUUAUGUUUUUCCCGGGGGGAGGUACUCCUGUAUAUGGGCUAGAGAGUUAUGUUCCGCUCGAUAGGGUAGGGUAGCGUUUUUGAGGGUCUCCAUCCUAAAAACAGGGUAUCAUUCUUGCCCUUGUUUGCGUUGUGCUCCCUUUGUGAUUCUUAGAGAGUUAUAGGGUACCAUUUCUAUAUCAGCUAAGAUUCAAGUGCGUAAAUGCUCAGCUAGACUAGAAACAAAUCAUCUGUUAACAGUGGACUUUACCUUAGAAUAUUGGAAAGAGAUUAAAAUAAAGAAGAUUUUUGUGUUUCCACUGAUUUCUUAGUUUUUGCUUUUCCCUUUGAAUCGAGACUCAUUUUUCAGGUUUGGUUCUUAAAUACUGUAGGGUAUCAGUUUUCGUUCGUCAUAUCCGUAAACAGGGCCAGGUUUUAAGACUCUGGGCGGCCCACCUAUCCGAAAUUUAUGGGAAUACCCCCCGGGGAAGACUACAAGUCUAACAAAACAGAUGUUCAUUGUUUCGUAUCAAUGCAAGGGGUCUCAAGGUAAUAUCUGUUCAUUAGCGAACAAUCUACAGUAGUAUACUUUGCGCUCGUACGCUUCAAUCGCAAAGAUACUUUGGCCUCGGUGUCACAGCGGUACCAAUUUGUUUGGUUUGCUGUUUUUCUACUAUGUUGAUGUGUGCGUCUAUAGGGAAUAACUCUGUAAAGUAUAAGCUUUACAGUAUUAAAUUGCACUAUCCAGCACUAGAAAUGAUCACAAGCAAAGGCGAGGUAAUAGAAAUCUAGAAAGUGCUAGGUUACUUCGCCCAACGCAUGGUUGCCUGUUCUAAUUUAAAGGGACAGUGUCCCGAUUAUGCGCACGCGCGAGCGUCAUCUGUUUUUUCUUCAAAAGACAAUAGAACUGUCAUAUUGACUUGACAAGAUUUCCUUCCGGACCGCACCGCCGACGGAGAUUUGUUGUUUAUAUUCUCAAGUAAUAUUUUAGAAUUUAGAAUUUCAAAGAAGUCUUUCGUCUUAUAUAAAAAUUUGGCUCGCGGUUCGAAGACCUAUCGCGAUUUUAUCGCUAGCUGGGCCGCCUCGCGACCCGAAAAUCUCGUUCCGCUCGCUUUAAAUACAGAUUUCCUAACUUGAAACUCGUGUCAGAGGUCAGUUGUUCCAAGUCUAGUAAUAUCUGCCUGAUUUGCUCGCGUUCUAGCCUCAAACGUUUGAAAGACAUAAAUAAAAAUGCAAUCUCAACGCUAUGAAUCAUCAGAAAGGUUAGUCAAAAAUUACAUUAUGAUUUCAUGACACUAGUUUUUCUAAACAUGUAGCGCCUCUUUGUUUGAUUUUGUCGGCCGUUAGGGAGAUUCAUUUUAAAAAGUUUACAAACGCGUCGUUGCAAAACAUUCUGCUUCACGAAGCUCCCCUCCACAAGAUCUCCACAGUCACAUCAAUGUCUCAAUGGUUUCUUUCUUACAGUCUUUAUUGUUGCCGUUUCAUUUCUGCGUAUUCCUUUCACAAUUAUCUGAGCUUGUAUGGAAGCUAGCAGAAGAAAUAAACCUUCAAUCAGCAUCAAAGUGCCUCCAAUCUUUUGGUCCUCCGGCCAACGGCAAUAAAAGUAACGCCAAAAAAUCCAGAUUUUGCCCAAAUCGAAACUUAACAGGAACAAUAUAUCAUUGAUCUGUAAUCCUGAGAAGUUUUAGUGUCGUAUUGAACCCGGUCAAGAGCGAUGCAAACGGAUUUUUCAAGGUUCUCUUACUCUCCUCGCAUCUUUUGAUUUCUCGACAUCCUGUCCAAAAAUCAAAGUUUGGUGCAUGCGCAGUAACGGGAUACUGUUCCUUUAAGGACGAUGAUCACAGGUGUGAAUAAGUAAUGAAUGCCAUGAUCAGUUAAAAAUUAGGUUUUUUGCCACCAACAAACAAUUGGUGUCUCCAUGACAACAAUAAAGUAGCAACCCAAACAAAGUGAACUUUUAGACAUCCCACCACAAUAUCUAAUUGCAUGCAAAAUUUGAGGGAGGGGGGGGGGAUUUUUCAUUUCCCACUUUGUUUGACUGUUACAGAGAAUUGCUCUUAAGUUACUUAUCAUUAAGUUAAGGAAGUUCAAAUCUAUCAUUAUUUAUUCAAUCUGUCAAAACUUUAUCUCCCGUUUCACUUCUUUUUAAAGUUCUUUUUAUCUGCUCUUUUUUUGUUAUUACAUCUUCAGAGAGGGUUCUUAUUUUAAAUUCAUUUCGUUCCUCUUCAGAAAGUUCUUUACGCAUAAUCGAUAAGAAAACAUUCCUCUCAGCGAAAUUCAUGGUAUCCAUCGUCACUUCUGUGAGGAUGGAUAAUUGUGCAAUGACGUAACUCGAGUACAUAAGCCUAGUCAAGAUUGUCACCCGUUAGUCAGUCAUAUGCACGCUGCUAUCACGGUCAAGUUCAUCUUGUUUAUAGCAGCGAGCGUAUGACUGACUAACGUGUGAUAAUGACUAGGCUUAUGUACUCGAGUUACAUCUUUGCACAAUUAUCCAUCCUCACAGAAGUGACGAUGGAUACUUAGCACGUGGCGCAACAGAAUUAGCGUCCUCCAGGACAGCCUCUUUCGCAGACGCGCCCGACUGAAAACCAUUGCCAACAUCUCGCGGUGAUUACGGAAGCACGGCCUACUGCGACUGUACGGUAACUCUGCCGACGAAACGGCAGCAGGCCGUGCUGCGGAGAACUUUCCUGGCCCGCUUUUCACUGACACUCUUUGAGAACUGACAACUUUGCAUAUAUUAUUCGGGUUUAUAUAAUGCUUAAUACGUCAUCGCACGGGGCAAUUAACAAUUAUUCCUCGAGCCCGAAUGGGCUAUUGACUCAGAGGCCAUGAGGGCGAGAGGAAUAAUUGUUUUUUAGUAAAAUCCAACUAGUUGGUCAAAAAUAUCGAGACAAAACAGGUUUAGCUAGCAAAACGCGAUUGAGCCGCCAUUGUUUUGGUUUUCAAAGCCGGCGCUUUUCGCUACUGGUGUGCUAUAACAUAUCUGCCUAGUAGUAGCUCAACCAAUCAGAACGCAGCAUUGAUAAUAGACCACUGGUUGGAUUUUACUAAUGAAUAUUACAUGACUGUGAAUACUUAUAUUUUCAACAGAUGAAAGCGAAAAAAGAGGGCUAAUUGACAUAAAAUUUAUGUUAAAGAAAAGUAAUACUGCCACCAUUUUGGAAUAGAAUGUUACCGUGAAAGGGUCUAUUAAAGUUGCAGAAACGUUUGUCUUAAUGGACUAAGACCGAAAAAGGAUAACUCUUUGAUAUGAAUGUUUUACCUUGAACACAAUGUUUUAGUGUGUAUAGCUGAAAUGGAUCCAUAUUAAGACCAAAGAUUGAAACAAUAGGCGACCACGUAAUUCUCUGGUGUUGCAGUAAUUAAAGUAUUGAAUUUAACAGGUAUUCACUAAUACGAAGCUUUGUGUAGAAAACGGAGAAUUUCGCUUUCUUAACAGUUUUGAUAAAUUCGUAAGCUAUAUGGAACUUGCAAAUAAAUGAAGGGACGUCUUUUUGGACUAAUAUGGUUAAAUUUUCAACAGCUGAUCAAGGCGAACAAAGAGGGAUAACUGAUUUACAUAAAUAUUAAAGAAAUGUAAUGUUGCCCUCCUUUUGGAAUAGAAUGUUAUAAUAAAACUCCAUAAACAUUUACCUUUGUGACUUUAUGACAGAAGAUCUAGAAAUACCAAGAACUCUCUUGGAAAUAAUCCAUGCUUAAUUAUUGCAUGUAUAUAUAUAUCUUUAAAUAAGAUUACCCAUACUUUUACGCGGUCUCGACGCGUAGGCUUUCGAUAACGUUUAAAAAGCUGUAUACAAAUGAAUUUAGAAAAGUUUUUUUCGAUCCAAUCAUUUUCUCAGCCGUUGUAAGAACACGGCCGAGGCGGAAAAGUGGCACGCACUGAACUGAUGCAUUCAACUUCCGGAAAUUAAGCUGUCCUCAGUUGUGUCCUUUGUCCACUGCAUACCGUUCUUCUCAAGAUCUAAACUGAGAAUAACAGUUAAAAAAAAAGGGAAAAUGAGCUUGUUUACCAACUAAAUGCGACAAUUACUCAUUUUACAAAUGCAUGAUAAAUAAAUAAAAGUAAACGAAUGAAUAAUUAUGCACCUCCGGCUGUUUCGAUUUUUGGCAUUCUUCUAAGUAUGCACCAAUUAUUCUGCGCCAUCGUGGUCGGUUCGCUGCCCUUGAAGUUGCUGAGUUUAUAGAGUAUAAAGUGAUAUUCUUUGGUAUUUUACGUAUUAAGCUAAAUUUUUCAUUUCGCCUUUUUCAUUUCUCUGUGCUCACAGCUUGUUAUUUCUCCUGGAACAAAGCCAUAGGUGGAAGAAAAUAUCCUCGUGUCAAUUUCUAUUUCCUUAUGGCUUUUCAUUGGUCAGAAACCUCAGAGACGCAAAUAAUUAUCGAUAUACAAAAGCGGCUGCCUGUUGUUUGCGGCCCUAUGCCUUCAACACCCAAGUUGGCAUAACAGAGUGGAGUGAAGAUUUCUUCCACGGAAGUAGGAAAGGAUUUUAUUCAAACGUUCAAAGUGCUUUAUUCGUUAUGUUUUUCGUUCUUAUUGUCCUGUGGACUUCAAUGACGUCGUUCUGUCUAAUUCAAGGGCAAUUCUGCAGUGGAGGUAAGCCUGUUUGUGGGAUGUCUGACUGGCUAGACAGGGAACAUCUUAUUUUCGCGAAAACUGUUUUCAUCUAGUGAUAAAAUAAAAAGAUGACAUUAAUAGAAAUCAACUAUAAUAUUUUGAUUUACAUUAAUUUCGGGUAGUUCGCCAAGUUCAUUGUCUUAAAUAGACCCUACUACGCGAAAUUUUACAGACUUUUGUAUGGUGGGGGGCCCGAACUUGCCCCCAUCAUACAUUAACGUCUGUAAAAUUCGGCGACUUUACAGAGUUAUAUCUUCGUUAGUUUUGGACAAGUCACCUUCAAACUUAAGGCAACUUUCAGUAUUGAUUUCAAGACGUUCUUUCUAGUAGUGUUGACGUAUUUGCGCUAACUAUUGAAGAUGCAGAAACAUUUGUCUUAAUGGACUAAGACCGAAAAAGAGUACCUCCUUGAUAUGAAUAUUUUACCUUGAACUUUAUGUUUUAGAGUGUGUAUAGACAUGGAUCCUUUUUUAUACCAAAGAUUUGAAACAAUAGGCGACCACGUAAUACACCCUCUGUCUGGUGUUGCAGUAAUUAAACUGUCGAAUUUAACAGGUGACUGUUCACUAAAUACAAAGCUUUGUGUAGAAAACGGAGUAUUUGGCUUUCUUAACAGUUUCAAUAAAUUCUUGUAUAUGGAACUUGCAAAAAAAUGAAGUCUAAAAGAGACUUUUUUCUGGACUAAUAUGGUUACGUUUUCAACAUCUGAUCUAGGCAAACGAAGAGGGCUAAUCAAAGAAAGGCGAAAGUUUACCCAUAUUGCUAUGCCGUCUCGUCGCGUAGGCUUUCUGUUGAACUUUUAAAAAGCUGUAUACAAAUGGAUUUAGAAAGGUUUGUUCAGAUCCAAUCAUUUUCUCAGCCGUUGCGAGAACACAGCCGAGGCGGAAGUUCUUUGGUAAUUUAGGCAAGCUAGUUUUCAUUUCCCCUUUUUCAUUUCCCAAUGGGCCUUUGGGGAAAAAACAAAAAACAAAACAAAAAUGCUUGUUAAUUCUCCUGGAGCAAAGCCAGUGGUGAAAGAAAAUAUCGCCGUGUCUAUUAUUUCUAUUUCCUUAUGGCUUUUCAUUGGUCAACAACCUCAGAGACGCAAAUAAUUAUCGAUAUACAGAAGCAGCUACGCUUGUUGUUUGGGGCCCCAUGUCGUUAACAUCCGCCAAGUUGGCAUAACAGAGUGGAGUGAAGAUUUCUGCCACAGUAGUACUAAAGGACAUUUUAUUCAAGCGUUCAAAGUGCUUUAGUCGUUAUGUUUUUCGUUCUUAUUGUCCUGUGGACUUCAAUGACGUCGUUCUGUCUAAUUCAAGGGCAAUUCUGCAGUGGAGGUAAGCCUUGUUUGUGCGGUGCACUAUAUAGCUAGACAGGGAACAUCUUAUAUGCGCAAAAACUGUUUUCAUCUCAGUGAUAAAGUAAAAGACAACAUUAAUAGAACUCAAUUUAGUUGAUGAUUUACAUUAACUUCGCUUAGUUCGCCAAGUUCAUUGUUUUAAAUAGACCCUGCCACGGUUUAGUUUUUUCCAAGUUUUUGUAAAGACCAGUUAGCAAAUAUCCAUUGAUACUUCUGGAAAGAGCGGCGUAAAAUUAGGAAACUUACCAAGUUUAAAUGUACGACAAAGUCGCGAAAUUUUACAAACUUUUGUAUGGUAGGGGGCCCGAACUUGCCCCCAUCAUACAUUAACGUCUGUAAAAUUCGACGACUUUUCAAAGCUAUAUGUCUUCGUUAGUCUUCCACAAAUUACUUUCAAACUAGGCAACUUUAUUGGUUUUAAGGCGUUGUUUAUUGUUUCACUAACUAUUGAAGUUACAGAAAUAUUUGUCUUAAUGGUCUAAGAGCGAAAAAGGAUACCUUCUUGAUAUGAAUAUUUUACCUUGAACUGUUUGUUUUAGUGUGUUUAUAGGCAUGGAUCCUUUCUUAGACCAAAGAUUUGAAACAAUAGGCGACCACGUAAUAUUCUCUCUGUCUGGUGUUGCAGUAAUUAAACUGUCGAAUUUAACAGGUGACUGUUCACUAAAUACAAAGCUUUGUGUAGAAAACGGAUCCUUUUUUAGACCAAAGAUUUGAAACAAUAGGCGACUGCAAAUACCCCGGGGCAAAUACUCAGUCUAUUUGGUUUUGCAUAAAGCAUGGAAAUUAACAGGUGUUCACUAAUACACAGCUUUCUGUAGAAAACGGAGUAUUUGGCUUUCUUAGCAGUUUAAUAAAUUCUUAAGACAUAUGGAACUUGCAAAUAAAUGAAGAGACCUCUUUUUGGACUAAUAUGGCUCGGUCGGUUAAUGCUUAAUUUGCAAUUUCAUGUAAGCCUUUAGCAAGGGGAAAUUAGCCUACUGAAUAAGAUCGUGUUGCGUUCAAGCCGAAUCUAAGAAAAGCUAACUGCAUUUAUUAAACUUAAAAUUAUUAAGAUGUCGUGUGUCUCCAGUGUAAGAAGUCGAAAAUUAAAGAAAACCGUCUGAUAUUUUUUCCCGAAUUUGAUCAUCUGAGAACAAAACAUAACAGGCCAAAACGGAAUUUAUUGACAGCUUAGCUGAGCCUUUGGCUCGACUGUGCGCCCUUACCUUGUUUUUUGUGUCGCUGCAAAACCGUGGCCUCGAUCGAGGAUCAUAUCACAUACAAGGUAAAAAAUAAAUCGUGAAAUCAUUUCAAUAUCCACCUGGCUUAAAGAUUACAGGUUGGCUUUCGGAAUAAUUACUCUCGUUUAUCGAAAAAACAAACAAAAAAAAAUUAUCACGAGUUGUCUCUAGUAAGUGUUUAUGAUAUUAUUUCAACUAGACGAACAAGUUUAAACAAAGAAAGGGCUAACAAACAAGACUUAAUUGAAAGUUAUGUAUUUUAUUAACGUUCAGGAUGGAAUUUCUAUCUUCUAUUAGUAUAUCUACUCGAACGUCUGUUGUACCUUAAAGAAAAGGUGCCACGAAAAUUAAAGCCGCCAAAUUUAGUGACCCAUAUAAAAACCUUUACUUAUUUUAAGUUUUCUGUCUGCUAGGAGUACUUAGCUAAAACUGUGGGCCUAAAAUGAUUGCGAUUACGUCACACCUUGCAAAAUAUUUGUCCGCCCCGUUUCCUAGGCUUAUAACCACGAGUUUUGCAGUUCCUAUACGCAAAUCCGUAGGUAUACUGUGUUUUGUGUUCAAUUUAAAAUUCAGAUCGUUUUUAGGUAUAUAUACACAGUCAGGUACUCUUAGUUGUACCGUAAAACGCCCUGAUGAAGUGUGCGCUAGUCACACGAAAAGCGUAGGGGACAAUAAAACAGUUUUACAACUCAGUGCUGCUCACUGGUUUAUCCUUUUAAAAAUAUUCUUUACAACCUCUUGACAGGCAAUGUAGGAAAGCAGCACAUAGGAAAAGGAUGGAACAAAGCGGAAAUAUUCGAACUUGUUCAAGGGAAGACAUUUUUAUUGCCUAAAGAUCCAUUUGAAAACAUUAAGGCGAUUCUUAUCUGAAAGUUAAUUGGCAGCUCUAUCGAGUUAAAUAGUAAAAUAUGUUCAGUGCCAAAAAAAAAAAUUUUGAACAAUUUAUUUGGGUGUAACAAUUAUUUUUUAAGCGACUCGGGUAUAGUUCAUCGGGGUAGGAAUUUAUCAUCUUGGGGCAUCAAAAACGCUAUCUGGAGUCAUUAUUGUGAACCUGUUGUCGUCUAAUUGUUGCUUUCGCUUUUUGCUUUUGGCGCGGUGUGUUCUGUAGCACCUUGUAAUAAUCGUCGAACUUUGAAAUACCUGUCGCACUUUUUACUUAAAAAUAUGUAGAAAUUUGUAGUAACAGACCUAAACCCACUAAUAAGUACAGUCGACUCCCGAUAACUCGAACCCUCGCUAACUCGAACCUCGCGCUAACUCGAACCUCGCGCUAACUCGAACCAAAAUCGAUUUGCCCUAGUUUUCCGUCAUACAUUCCCUGUAAUUUUACCCUCGCUAACUCGAACCCUCGAUAACUCGAACUCCCGCUAACUCGAACCAAUUUUCGUUUCCCCUCAGGUCAUUUUCUAUAUAAUUUUGCCCUCGAUAACUCGAACCAUGUUCUGAGCCCUUAAAAAGUCGCGAAAAAAAGCCGUCUACUGGCGUCCGAAACAUUGAAUUUUGGAUUUCCUAUUGACGUUUUGUAGGAGUAUAGUUUACUAGUGGAGGCUGAUGUUGAUUGUCACAGGCUAACGUGAAGCAGCUUUACUUCUCAAAACAGUAAAACGCAUGCUCCAUUUAGGCUAUGUUUUGUUACGUUACGUUCUGAUUUAUAAUCUAGAAGUAUCUUUUAAUUUUCACUUGACAUUUCUACAAUUAAAUGUGAUUAAAAUGUUCACGGUGCUCUACAAACUGUUUUUUACCUUACUCUCGGCUAUUUUCUCCGAGCUCUCGUUAACUUGAACUCCCGAUAACUCGAACUUUUUUCGAUUUCCCUUGAAGGUUCGAGUUAUCGGGAGUCGACUGUAUCAUCAUCGAUAACAACAACAAUAAUAAAAUAACCAUAACAAUAACAACAAUAACAAUAACAAUAAUAAAAAUAAGUAAACAUUCCACUGAACGGUUUUCAGCACCCUUUUCUCAAGUGAGGGUGGAGAAAAGUGUUCACAUCAACUGCAGCCUUCCGGCUUCAAGAGCUUUGUAGGGAAGUAGAGCUUUUUCUAUGUGGACGACCUCGAGACCAUGAGAUUGUGUCCCAGUAACAGCGAGAGUCCGUAAUAAUGGGAGUUUGAAUUAGAAUUUAGCUGCUAUCCGUAUUAUCGGGUUGUCCAUAAAAGUAAGGUGUCCCUCUGGCGAAAGGUGAUUGUAUAAGCAAAAUAUUUUGAAAGUUUUACUCGUAGCAUGGGCAAGAUUACCUGCGAGGAUAUGACCAGAUAUAUCGAGAUUUUAGAGGUUAUCGCCAUGAAAAACCACUAUACUAGUCUUACAUAAGACCAAAUUAGUAUAAAAACCACAAACUUCGUGUACAAUGCGGUGCUACGAUCAUUAUCAUAAUCAUCAUCAUCAUCAUCAUCAUCAUCAUCAUCAUCGUUAUUCUAUAGUUACUAUAUUAUCUGACUAAAAAGUUCUUUACCAUAUUUGCCCACGCGGCAUUCAUUUGCCACAAUGACUACUAAUUCUAAUUUUAUAUCAUGAGCGGCUUUGAUAUAAGAUAGGGACUUUAAGAUCCAACGACGCGACGGCGACAAGAAUGUUGCUAAAAAAGUGAAUUUGCCUUCUUUCAGUCUUAAUAGCGAUUAUUCCUAACCACUUACUUGGUCAAAUGUAGGCGAACGCUCCUGAAACUGAAUUUCAAGGGACCAUAUUCAAGCUCCGAAAGAGAAAUAAAAUUUCGUCGUUGCUUGUUUACGUCCUCUAUAAAACGCGAAAUUAGGCAUUUUCACGUCGUAGCCGUGCAAAAACGGGAAAGAAAUGUACAAAAUAGUGUGAUGCACGUGCGAAGUUGUUGUUUUGCUUAUUAAACUUAAUGUAUUUUUGACGUUCUCGUUGUCGUCCGCGUCGUUGGAUCUUAAAGUCCCUAAUAAUCACCAGCGUCAUCAUCUUAAAACAUCCUCGAUAAUACUAGCAAUAAAGCUAUUAUUACUGUUAUUAUUGUUGUUAUUGUUGUCGAUGAUGAUGCUUAUUAUUGGGUUUACUUGUCCCCCGACCAUCCAUUUCAAGUUCAUUACAUUAAGUGCGACAGCUUAUUUUACGACAAAGUGCGACAGAUUUUUUAUUGCAAAGUGCACCAAGUGUUAUUACUAGGUGCGUCAGGUAUAACAAAGUGCGACGAUUAUCACAAAGUGCCACAGAACAUGGUGUAAGAAAAUUAAUGUUAUCAACUUAUUUUGUUGAAUUUCUUCUUCAAAUCAUUCAAAUUUUUAUUUGCUUCUUUUUUUACAUCAUGCUUAAGUUUUUGCAAAAAUUAAUUUUCUUCAAGUGAGUUAUCGUUGGCGUGGGAGUCUCCGGCGAUUCGCAGAAAGCCUCAAUCAACAAUCAGUCUUGAAUUGAAUAUGAGGUCUUGCAUUAAACGUCAAGCCAUUUUCGGUGAGCUCAUUUAUUUCCUAUUUGUCUCAGACAUAUGUCGCCAGAUAGAGUUUGAUCACUCUUUUGAUGGAAAACGCCUGAAAAAUCACGUGAUUCGUACUGCUGAGGUCCAGAGUGAACGAUCCUGUCGGACUUUGUGCUACAUGGAACCAAACUGCGUCAGUUACAACUUUAACAAAGUCACAAGGAAAUGUGAGCUGAAUAAUUCCACCUCAAGAGAAGGAGAGGAAAAUAUGGAGUCGAAUCCAGGUUAUGUAUACUGUGGAGCUAAGGUAUGCAAAGUUUUACAAAUUAUGAAACUUUGUAAAAAAACGAAAUGUUACUUGUUUGGAUCGAGGAUUGUUUGCGAGUGCUGCAAUUAUGGUUCUAUCACUUUCUGAAGUAAUGCAGCCUUGGGGGUCGCUACUGUCAACUUUUUAGAAAACUUAAUGAAAGUUUUCCAAAACAAAUGUAAUUUGAAGACAGGUUUUGCCCGCCUGCAUUAAUUAGUUCUAAUGGAAUGAUUUCUAUGUCCUUGAUCGAAUGAUCUGGAAGGGAGAAGUGUUCUGAAACGGUGGUAGGAUGAUUAAAUUGAUAUAGAUUUCUGGCUUUUUCUAUGGAGCGUCGUUGCUCUCCAAAUCUGUCACUGAACUGGCGUUUAGUUUCGCCGAUGUAUUGCAUGUUACAUUUAUUGCACUGGAUCAUGUAAAUGAGAUUGGAAGCUGAACAGGAAUUGUGGUGUGGGAUGCGUCGUAAUUUCGUUGGUUGAGUAGAAGGUGUGAGACGUGGUUCCAGGGGCGGAUCUAGCGGAGGGUGCGGUGGCUGUGCACCCCCCCUGGGAUGACCUGCGGUUUUCUAACACAAAUGGUAUUCUGCAAAAAAAACCAAAAAACUAUGUGGUUUAUUGGUGUUGAAGUGGAGCAAGAGACGAGUGCACGCCCUCCUAAAAAAAAUCCUGGAUCCGCCCCUGGGUUCCUUCUGUAAUAAAAGGACACUUCUUGCACCUACUUCUGUUACAGCGGAAAGCUCCAUGUGUUUUGGGGGAUGGUCUGCGGUGUUUGGCUCUGACUAGGAUGUCGCGUAGACUCAGUGCAGCGGCGAAAGGAUAGGAUACUUUCAGAGAGCCAUGCUAUAGGGUCAGAACGUCUUAAUUGCUGAGUUAUGAAAUCAGAAUGUCAAAUUCAUUAUCAAAUUCAUAUACGUUCAAAGAAAAUUAUCUAACAAAAAAUUAGCUAAAGUAUUAUAAAAAUUAGGGAUGUCUUAUUUCUUUUCGUGUCCCUAGAACGCUUGUGCAAAUAGGCCUUGCAAGAACAAAGCAACUUGUCAAACCGGUUUUACUGGUAAAGGAUAUCACUGUUUGUGUCCAGUGGGAUUUGAAGGGGAUCAUUGCGAGAACGGUAAGUUAAUUGAAAUCUUUGUCUAGUCCAAAUAUUGUAAAUUGUAGCAAAUAAAUAAGGGGCAAUAUCACAAGAGGUUUCCCAAGUUUUCGCGCAAACUACUGUAUUAUUUACUGUUAGGCGCCCUGAGCGCUUAUCAAAUUUUCCGAUUUUCGUGGGCGCGUAUGUGGUGGGCGCUUGUUCGAGGCUGGGCGCUCAUUAAAUUUUCAUUAUUUUCAGCAGGUAGUAAGUGAAUUUUUUAACAAAACUGUAAAUAAUAAGAGACUUGAAGAUGCACCAGAACAGAAUUUCGACUGUUCAUUGAAAGGUAAUUAAAAGAAAACUCGGUCUUCCGGGAAGUCUCUUUUAGUACCUAUUAAUUCAAUUUCUAUCUCAUUGUCAAUCAGCGAACUCUCUGGUGUUGGCUCGUUGAGAUGUCUCACAGCGUAAUGUCUACAAAUUGGUCAGUUAACGAGAAGCAAAUAGGGCAGUAAAGAAGUAUAAACCAAUACUCUUCUUAUCCACUCAAGUUUUUGUUCGGUCGGGGGGUAGUUAGCUAGAAUUUAUUUUUUCCCCACUACUUUUCUACCUGUCCUCAGUUAUAACCAUUUUAAAGAGUUUUCAUGUCUGUGCUAGUGUAUGGUACAUGAAGACGGAGACAAAAUAAUAUCACUUUUGUGACGGUAUCGUGCACGAAAGUGUCUCUUUGUGAACCACAUUUAGGAUGGGAUUGAUUGGAAGUGGUGGUUUUUAACCUGGCUCGACUGAUUUUUUUUAGGGGGGAUACCUCCCAAGUUUGAGAAUUAACUACGUAGCCAUGAACAAAAGAUAUCGGAAAACGUUUACCACAGCUGUAUUAUAUAAAGAUGAAAAUUUGUUAUGGUUUGUGUUUUAUCUUGACAUCAGAGUUUCAAUGGCAACGUAAUGAGGCCAUUAGGUUUAUUAUUUGCCUAUGUAUUUCUCGGUACCAGGAGUUUUUUUUUCGGAAAUCGGUAAAGGGAGCUUUUACCUCCCUUCGCUGUCUCGAUUAUGGCAGAGUGUGAACAAAUUUUAUGAGACCGUUUUGGAAAUUAAAAAAUAUUUAAUUCGAAAUGAGAUUUAAAGAUCAUAGACAGGCAAUAAACAUGCCAUCGACAUAACUCGCUAAUAUCUAAAGAAAAGAUGAACUCGGAAAAUGGAGUUUCAUCUCAUAGUGGUCUGAUUUUAGUUGAAACUGUGUACGAAAAAAAAGGGGAAUUGCUUUGACCGAUUGCGAGAAAGAAGAAUUUGAUUAGCUUACGUUCAGCUGCUUUGAUACCAUUUUUGUGAGUAAUUUAGUCUACUCCAACAAAUUUCAUGUUAAUUUUGAAACCGCUUGAUAAUUUUUUUUUCAAAAAAAACUUGGCAACGGCUUGUAGCUGCUUUCAACAACCUGAUUUUGAGUCAUUCGUUCUCUUGUUUUCUGCAGUACUGAAGUACUUAGGGUUUUCCUCAGCACCAUGCAUUUCUCGCGAGUUUCUCCCCAUUAAUAUAACCAUCAUACUGACUAUAUAAACUUUCUUUUAUAGACAUAGACGAAUGCGCAAAAAAUACUCACAACUGCGGUGCAAAUGCUUACUGCAAUAAUGCCAAGGGAGGAUACAACUGCACUUGUCAUCCGGGAUAUUAUGGAGAUGGAAAGAAUUGUGAACCAGGUGGGUUAGCAGACUUUGUAUCGACUUGCUAGGUCCUAGAGAAAUUGAGUAAACAGACAAUACCAUGCAUUGCCAGUCCUGGCAAUCCAAAAAACACAAUGUAUUGGCCUGUCAUAUGUUUUAGCGUGGCCUUUUUGUUAUAGAUAGAAUAUGAACGCCAUGUCUGACUGAAGACAGUACGUCUAUACUGUCUAGUUCUUAAACAACAGAGGGUUGAAAAAACAUACCAUUACAUGAGCUUUAAGGUUUUAUUUUUAAACUGGUAAAAGAAUCCUUAAAAAAAGUGCCGAAAGUAAUGAUUAAGAACUUCACAAACCGAACGUGAAUAUUCGUAGUGUUCAUAUGAGAAUACCAACAUUUAUUAUUAUUCAUUCAAAAUAUUUCGACGUUUCUGAUGGUUGGCUCCCCCUCUUCAUAACCAACUGGCGCGCUUACCCGUUGGAAGAUGCGAGCAAUAUACCGUCGAUUUGAUAGCAUAUAAUUAUGUAAUUGCUAAAUAUUCCCGUCGCUGUAGACACUGGUUGCCAUUUUUGAUUGGGAAGAAUAACUAUUUCCCCUUGAAUUAUUGUAUACUGCAUGUUUUACUCAAAAUCUACAUUAAAGCGCUCGGAGCUGCCUAUCAUUUCAGCGUGGAAAAUAUAAUAACGCGCACGGUUAUAAAGAAACUCUAUUUAUUACCGUCCUUCUUUUAUUUUGUAACACAGUUUCAUCGUGUAAAGACCUUUACAACAAGAAAAUGUGAGUAAAGUAUAAGUUCAAUUUUUAGUCCAUUAAAAUCACAAACUUUUUUGGGGGGGACUGUGCAGUAAUUAUAAGGGGGGAGUUGCGGAACAGAAGGAGGUUGUAAAGGCAGAGUGCAGCAAUAUACCAAGAGAGUGUGGAAGGUAUCUAAAUUAUUUAUUGAAACGAUGGGGGUGAUAUCUAGCUAAUUUUCAAAAACAAUUUAUCAAAUUUUCAAGUAUGGAAAAGUAACAUCAGUAUAGCAAAUGUUUGAAAGUUACAUUAUAUGGAAAUUACAAAGGGCAUUACAGCUGAUUAUGCCAUUCUUGGCAAAUUAAUUUGCGUCAAAAAUUGCAUAAAAACUCUCCGUUAACUGCUAUCUCAGCUACUCCAUGAAAGUAGUUGCACAUUAAUUCAGGUAAGCUUUAUUGGCUUAUUUAUAGCUACGGUUGUAAAAAUGGCAAACGUUUCCAAAUCAACGUCCUCAGCUUAAUAGACGCCAUAUAGUUCGGCAGGAUCAUAUUCACCGUCUAUAGCCAUCGCCCCCACUGACAUAAAGAUGAGACACCUUUUCUCUUCCGGUUUCCACAGCCUUCUUUUUUUCUUCUUUCUUCCUUUGACUACUAUCACUUUCUGUUAUCACAUCUGUAAUAGUUUCUGUUUCUUCUGCCGUAAAUAGGCCCUUGUUUGCAUUGUAAUGUGGCUUGGGAUCGGUAAUGAUCUGAGGAAAUACUGUACAGCUACAUGCUGAAUAGACGAUAGUUAAAAUUGUCACUACCCCAUGGAGGAGGGUGUUAUUUAACAGCAUUAAAAAAAAAAGAAAAAAAAAUUAAGAAUGCCACGGUUCAGCGCAUAAAUUUUCCCGAUGACUAUGAUUUUAUUGUCUAUUUUCAAAUCUACUGGAAUAACUCUUCCUUCUGAAUCAACAAAUUGUUUCACGAUUGUUUUAUAAACAAAAUGCACACCACCUCUGGAGGUAAGUUAAUUAGAAGUGUUACUAAAAAUAUUUGAGAAGCCCUAUUCUGAUGACCACAGGUAUUCUACACUGAGUGGGAACAAAAAAGCAAUAAACAUAAACCUGAAAAGAGCACUUGGUUGACUACGCUGGGUAUGAUCACAUACAGACAAAAGAUACAUAUUGCCGGGUUUUCAGUGUCACUCCAACCAAAACAGAUCGAAUUAAAAGUCAAAACUGUUACAUACAGCAUAUAAAAUCCAGAAUCUUGGAAAUGAAAGGAGGUAAAUAUGCAAAGACCCUCGCCAAGAUUCAAGUCAGAGCGAUAUUUCAUAUGUACGAUUUCCGGAGAAAUGUUUUACCCAAAUUUAUAGAGCUUUGUAUGGAGACGUCAUGUUGGUGCCCAUACGGAUUGGCACCAACAUGGCGGCUGCAAAGCAAUAGACACAUCUGUCACUGAGUUUUGCUACGAAAGUCUGCAUUUACCUCUCAAGGAACUCAUAAACAUUAAAGUAAUACUUUUUCUAAUACAUGAACUGUUCAGAUAGCACAAUAGCCCGAAAUAAGUCACCUUUUUAACCUACUUGACAGCUCUCCCCAGGGGCACCCAAUCAAUCUGUUCCUCAAAUUUCUGCUGGCUGGGAGAUGUAGAGGAAAUAAUAUGUCCUUGGAAGGAAAGUGUUGCUAGGAAAAAGACAAAUAAGAGUGUCUGAGGAGAUUUGAUGUCUGCUGUUAUCCUGCUAACCUAGUUCUCCCCCUCCCAGCUCCCCCUCCCCCACUAAAGGGGUGAAGUUAGCCCUUGGGCCUCAACCUUUCUCCUAAUUCCCCCUCCCCACUGAAGGUCGGAAUUUUUCCUUAUGACCAAACCCAAACUGGUCAGUAAUGUUUGGACAUACGUCUGCUGUUAAAAUUUCCGAGUAAGUCAGGUUGCAGGUUGUAGAUGCACCCUCCUGGCUGGGAACUCUUCCACCAGUCUUGCUUGGAGUGAGGAACAGAUAAAUUUUCCCCAGCAAUCUCCCAAAAUGCUUUAAAUGGAUUCAGAAACCUUUAUUCAUGCUUUGUUGUUGCUUUAAGGUCCUAUUCUCCAAAUUUCCCGUUGUCUCUCGGCCGUCAUGUAAAUGCCUCGUCAAGCAUAAGCUUCUAAAUUCAACCAUACAAUGUGUACUCUACCACAAAACCAAAAAUCCUUUCGAAGAAAAAGUUUGUGUGAAUAUUAGUUUUUAGUUGCUCUAGUACGUAUACGCCAUGAAAGUAAAAUCUCAGUACUGCUUGUUUUACAGUUUGAACUUUAGUGACGUCAUGUGAAAGCCAGCAAUAAGAUAAAAUUAAGUUUGAGCAACAUCAUCGGGUCAGUGUUGUCGACACCAUUGCGUUAUAUUUAUUAUUAGCUAGGUUUUCAUUGUCUACUACUUUAAUUUGCGUCCAUACGUACUAUAUACAUUUCUUUCGCGCCACGAACUUGGCUUAAUUGCUUUUGCGUAAUCUUUAUUUGUUUUAGACAUUGCCUACUGAUGAUAUUAUGGACAGAAUUGGCAUUUAAGCUGGAGGCGUUAUAAAAGAAGUCAGAAAAACGUUUUUUAACCUCGACCUUCGGCAAUCUUGCUCUCCCCGCGACAAGGAUCGUUGUGAGCCGGUUUAGUCCUCCAGCUAGUCGUAAACGCACACCUUCUUUGGCUCGUCACGCAAUUAAAGGGUUGCGUGACAAGCCACUAGGACGGCGGGUAGGAGGCUGGUCACUAGGUAGCCACUAGCCGAUCGUUACUAGCGAUCAAUUGGGCACAAUAGUAUAUUCUUGUCCCAGGAUCUCACUUAUUAAGGUAUUUUGUUCCUUGUAGAUCAAAUGAAAGCAAAGCUUACCCACUGAUUUUGGGAGAUGACAUUUUAGAUAUUUAUUGCAACAUGGCCACUACGGAAACUGACGCAUGUGGAGUUGGUGGAUGGACUCUGGCUAUGAAGAUUGAUGGAAAGAAGGUAUACGUUGUUCCAACAUUGCCCAUAAUAACAGUGCAUAAUAACAAUGCAAUCUGAACGAAGGACUCGAGUAUUUUAGUUAGACCACUGUAGUACACGGUAUAUCUAGGUCCGUAGCGGUAAUUAUCCGUCCGUCUUGUCUUGUUGAGACUAGGAAAGGCCGAUAUAGGAAUGAACACAGUUUCGCAGAUGAACAUCGAAGGCCGGGUGCCCAUGUGUUAAGUGGUAUAGCAAGGAUGUUUUACGCCUUUUUUGUCCAGGAAUCUUUUUAGUUUGCGCAGAAAACAUAAGCGCCGAUGAUAAGCGCCGUCAGAGCCUUUUGUCUUCAUCUCGUGAAAAAAGUGCGGAGGAAUCUCAUUAAGAUAACAUCAAGUGUUAUUUUUUUGGUUGUUAAACCGGUUUGACAGGUUUUAGGUUUGUUAUAUAUGGUCAUAAUUGAUUUUAAACUGGUUUGGAAGGUUUCUUUACUUUCCUAGUUACUUUUGAGCAAUGAUUAUUGAUGACUAUUCAGAUCUUCGCGAUAUUUUUUUUCAUAAUUAUAAAGGUUUAAAAUGGAUUCCGCUAUAGAAAAGGAUGGCACCCAACUUCAAAACAACAACUUUUGCACAUUCUAGGCUUUUAAACAAUAACAACAUGGCUUGAAGCUUUGUUGGUAAAUAUGGGCAAGUUAGCACUUAUGUUUCAUGGAAAAUUCCAUUGUAUCAAAGCUAUAAACGUUAGAAAGAAAAAUAUAGUUCAAAUGAGGCCUUUGACUGGUGAAAUUAAAAAUAAUAAUUAAAUUCCGAGCACCAGCGUCAUCAGGGAUAAGAAAAGUGUUUCGCGUGGUAAUAUACAUAAGAAAAAAUUGGUGUAAAGUAAAAUGUGUGAAAAGCGCAAGAAUGGGCGGAAUGUGUCAGAGGUAUAAAAAUAUAAAUUUGAAUAAAAUACAAAGAUCUGAUGAGCGAGUGUCACAGGACAAAGAGUCUCUUGAAAGGCAUAAUGAUAGUCUUCAAAACAAAAGGUCCGCAAAUUCGUUGCAUUCCUCACGGGAGUUUUGGGCUGUCUCAAUGCAAAUCGAGCAGCAAAAAAACAUGCUGGUUGACAAAAUCUCUCGAAAGACAUAAAUAAAUUCUAAAAAAAAGGUCUGCAAAUACGUUGCAUUCCUCACGGAAGCCUGAGGACUGGCUCAAUGUAAAUCGACCUGCGAAGAACAUGCUGGCUCUGAGAGAAUAUAACCCUAUGCGUUGAUCAACUACCGCUUAAAAUUCAAUUCACAAAGGAAAACAGAACACUGAAAACCCUGGUUCUGAGUCGAGAAGCGAACACGCUACCUCAAUGUAAAUCGAGCUGCAAAGAACAAGCUAGUUCUGACAAAAAUUUGAGCGUAAAACCUAUUCCAUGAUCAGCUGCUACUUUAAACACAAUUUAUAAAGCACACCAGAGCACUAAUUGCCCAGCUUUCAAACUAGAAAUCGUAUUAAAGCUUGCUCACCACAUAGGUCCUCUUGAACAGACAACGAACAGCUACACACUGAAUCACCCAAACUUGAACCACGAGUUGUAAAUACAAGACCAUGACGUCACUACCCAAAUAUGGGGUCUUACUUACACCCAAAUAUGGUCAAAAAUACAAAUGUUACAGGGUUACGCAGAAUUUGAGAGUUUUUGCCUACAUUGCGCGGCGUUAUAAUUCUGCCGCCGAGUCAACCUCGCUUCUUAGCUCGGUUGCCUCGUUGGCAAUUAGAAAAAUGUUAAAUGUUUUAUUCAUUUUCAAGAAGGAAUAGGCGGCAACUUCUCUGUCAUUUAGAAAUAAUGCACCGCAACUGAAUUAUGCAAGUUGCUUUUCAUACCGCUUUCAUUAUCUAUACCAUUGAAGACAACUUUUCUUCCUGGCUCCGGUUCACUGAUUCUUGGCGCGUAAUAUAUAAUGGCAAAAUCAAACCUUUGCAGCAAGUCAUUCACGCGGUCAUGGGUUCCUGACAUGGUAUAAAACCGCUAUGCUGGAGACGUACUGGGACAUGACAAAUAAAUUACCAUUUGAAAUUAUGAAUAACUAAUUGCGUCUUUUUGCUUUUUCUUGUGCCAGUGUUUCUCUUGCUCUCCAGCAUGAUGGUUUUGUACCACGUGAAUUACUAGCUAGAGAGGUACAUGUACCUUUUUCAGGCUUCUGAUUUUCGCUAGUUGAGGUAUAUGAAAGGGUAGGGAAUUUGGCUAUUUGGUGUAAAAGGAAACAAAAUGGCUAACAAGUGCAUUUCAUGGCUGUGGAAAAAAAAGGAGAUAACUUUCUGGUUUUGUAAUGCACUCAUAUUUAAAAGAAGGCGCGUUUACAGCAGUUAAAAGGAAAUCAAUGUAAAGAACUAGGCAUAUGAAACUGCCUUGCCAUUUGUCAAUAGAAGGUAUACGAAAGGCACCUACCCUGUCAAAAAUGGUUUGUAAAAAGGUAAGAGGUUGAACCUCAAAGCGGAGCCUACCCCUGGGGCUUUUAAGGUCGCGUUGAGCACCUAAUGCUCAUUGUUAUGCAUUUAUUUGACGAGAGUGCACGACGUACAACGACUGACAUCGACAAGUUCACGAGAUAAUCAUGACUGGGAUAAAAUAUGGGCACUUGAUUUAAGGUGUUCACGUGUGCACGUGUGACAUAGAGAAUCCACUUUUGUCAUGACACACUGGAGGGUUUGAUCAAAUCCUUUAUUUAUUGAAUUAAACAGUUCUGUCUUCCAUUCGAUCCGCAAACUUGGAUACCUAAAUUAAGUUAAGAUCGUCUGUUGGGUCAGACGUCGAACUUAGAAAGCGUCGAACCAAUCUGCGGAAUCAGAUCAGUAAUAAGUUUCCUCAAGAACGAUGCUCUGAUAUUUACAUUAUCGUACAAAGUCAGUUUAGUUUAGUUCGUCGCAUGUGAAGACCGACGUUUGUCCUGGAGACGAUCUUCAGACGUUCUAUCCGUCUGAAGUAUAGAACGAACGUGUAGGGACGAUCGAAACUUACAUUCAGACGAACUUAAUUGAGCUGGACGUCGAACUUUUCAUGAACUUAACUUACUAAAUUUGGUUCGUCUCAUGAAGAGUUCGACGUUAAGUUUUGGCUAAGCCUAAAUGUGGCUUAAAAAGCAUUGCCGUAAAACGCGAUCGCAAAAAAAAAAGAAACAAGCCUUCUAAACUUCCAUCAUUAUCUAAUGUCUCUGUAAAAGAUCAUCUAAAUCGCCUCUAAAACAGGCUGGAUAUAAGCGUUUUAAAACUUGUAGCAGAAACAAAACUUUCCUUAUGAAUGUAUUAAUGAAGUGGUGUUCCCUGCGGCCUUCACAUGACGUCAUCAAAAUUCAAACUAAACUUUUUAAUUUUGACUUUCAUUAAUUUCACUAGAUUAAAAGUAUGAUCUCCGAUCAUAGAUAUUUUGGUGCAUCAGCCGAAAUAUUUAUUGGGCUUGUGCCUUUAUGAAUCAAAAAUCAUAACUUUUCCUUUUAAACGAGUGUUUUAAAGUAUUCCUCCUUCUAUUACCAUCGCAGCAAACGUUUCACUACGAGGCCACCAUCUGGGACAACAACGAAACCUUUAACCCUUUUGGAGGGAAGACUGGGUUUGACGACCAUGAAACGAAGCUUCCCACCUACUGGAACACAUCCUUCUCCAAGAUCUGCCUCGGUAUGAAGAUCAACCAUCAGAUCAAGUUUAUUGUAAUUAACAAGCAGGCGAACUCCUUGUACUCUCUGAUCGCUGAUGGGCAAUACCGCAGCACCUCACUGGGUCGUGACGCGUGGAAGUCGCUGAUUAGUUCUGAAGCCUCCUUGCAGGUCAAUUGUAACAGGGAAGGAUUUAACGCCAAGUGUUACUGGAAUAAUCCUGCUAAAGCGAGAAUCGGCAUCCUUGGUAACAAUGAAAACAAAUGCGAUACCUGUGACUCCAGAAUCGGGUUUGGUACUGGUGGGCAUCCUGACGACACCAACACAUGUGGAAACGAAGCUAGUCACACCGGUAAUAAUGGUAACAAGCAAAUCAAGGCCAUAGGCUACAUCUUGGUGCAGUGA